AUGUCACAAGCUAGUUUUCGUCUGGAAACCUUCCGACCGUGGAAUCCUUUCCAAGACAAAGCGCAGCCUCUACAAGAUUCUCUCGAUUUUUGUCGCUACCCGAGUCCGGUCUCGAUCACUACCACCCCACCUCCCUCAGUCAGCGACAUAACAUCAAAGGGACAUUCUCACAACGCCAGACACCCGCUUCCACCUCGCCCGCCCGUAGAGGUUUGCUUAGACGGUGACCUACAAACGGAUCUACAAACCUCUAGUCUUAAACCAGGAAGCCCAAAGCUACCAGUCACUACGGACCUACAUCCGCAGAUUCUUCAUUGCGAAGAUGUCACCCAGCCUCACGGCAUUUAUAGUGGUGAAAAUAUCGACCCCGCAAUCAUCGAAGAUAGUGGACGCACCGGCACAGACCAAAUCCAAGUGUCGGAGCGUAUCGCCGGUCUUAAAGUGGGCCAAAAGUUUGCUUUUGGAAAAGGCGAUCGCACAUCAGGCUUUCAUCCGGCGGAAAAUGAGUCGUCAUCUUUAAGCCAGCAUAGUGCGCAGCCUGGAACGGCCCAGUCCGAUGAGCUGAGCAUUGAUAUCCCAAAACGCCUAGGUUCAAGAUGGAAACAUGAUACAAAAGUUUCCAGGCGGACUUCUACGACAACAAGCAGCCACUGCAAGCAUCCACCUUUCUCCAUCGUUCGUUCUCAAUUCAUGGGCAUGACAGUCGAAGAUCGACUACAGUUCCUAUCAUGGUUAUUCGAAGGGGCAUUAUCAAAUUGCGCAUCUAUCCCACUGUUUACAGAUGCCGCAUCCACAGUCAGCUGCGGCCACGACGGUGCGGCAGACAUAGCUUACCCCGGGGAUGACCCGAAUUUAGUUUCUGGCAUCACAGAUGCGCAAGAUGCUCGUUCCACGAGAAAGGGCUUACCGUGGUCUAGCGAGGAAGCGUCUCUUGGUCAACCUCAGAGACGAACAAAAGCUGCCUUGGUCAAAAGUGACAGAGCAAUUCACACAAGAAUUUCCGGGGCGGAGUAA